AUGUAUGUAGAAGCUGAAUGUAGGUUGGUGUAUUGGUGGGUGGUACACCUGUGGAUAGUAGUUUUAUCAGACAUAGGAGACCCAUCCUCGCUCUGCCCUCAGCCCUGCAAAUGCAUACCAAACCUUCUUAUGGUCAACUGUUCCUCACGUCAGCUAAGCUCCGUACCCAAAGGUAUGAAUAUGAGCACACAAAAUCUCAAUCUGGCCAAUAAUCUUCUAAAGACACUCGGUCAAGGGCAGUUCUCCGACCUGGCACAGCUGCAGGAACUGGACCUGAGUGAAAACUUGCUAAGUGUGAUUGAGGUGGAAGCUUUCGUAGGCUUACAUAAUCUUAUUACGCUGCGAAUUUCAAAGAACCGACUCAAGAUCAUUCUGGUUGGAGUGUUUUCUGGACUUCAGACUUUGCGCCUACUGGACAUUAGCAGGAACGAGAUCCUUGUCUUACUGAAUGACAUGUUCAUUGAGAUGCCAUCUUUACAAAAGCUGGAAGCAAGCAGGAAUGAUCUUGUGUUCGUCUCCAAACGUGCCUUUAACGGCCUACAAAGUCUUAAGGAACUGCACCUGGAUGGCUAUAACCUCACGUCGAUCCCAAGUGAGGCACUGUCACAGCUAACCAGCUUGGCACGGCUGUACUUUUGUCACACUGGUCUUACAGUGCUGCCCAGUGAUUCAUUCAGGCAGCUGAGUCAGCUCAGUGAAUUGACAGUGUCUCACUGGCCCUGGCUAUAUUCACUUGACCCUAACAGCCUAAUUGGACUGAAUCUGACCCUCCUAAUACUCAGUUACUGCAAUCUAAACUCUGUACCAUAUGCUUCCUUGUGGCACCUGGACUACCUGCAAUAUUUGGAUCUAUCCUACAACCCCAUCACCUUUAUCCAGCCAGAUAUGCUCAAAGACCUUGUGCGUCUGCGAGAGCUCCACUUGGUUGGAGGAAAUCUUUUGCGGGUGGAACCUGGUGCAUUCCGUGGCCUUGCUAACUUGCAGCUGUUAAAUGUGUCAUACAAUCAACUGUCAUCACUUGAAGAAACUGUUUUCCACUCGAUACGUACUCUUAGGGUGCUUCGGCUGGAUGGGAACCCGCUUGUCUGUGACUGUCGACUAUUCUGGGUGCUGCAUCGGCGUCGGCAGCUUGAUUUUAAUGGGCAGCCGCCCAGCUGUAACUCACCUGUCCAGGCACGGGGUAGAAGAUUCCUGGACUUCACCGAGCCUGAGCUAAUAGGAUUGUUUAUCUGUCGUCAGGCACGGAUCCUAAACCGUAAGCCACAGGAAGUACGUGCAGAUGAGGGCCAAACAAUCCUGUUCUUCUGCCAGGUGGACGGAGACCCUGCCCCAUCAGUCAUUUGGGUGAGCCCCAGGCGCAUCGUACUGCCCAAUACUGGUCGUAUCCAUGUAUUGGCCGACGGGACCCUAGAGGUACGUUACGCACAAGUGCAGGACAGUGGCCACUAUCAUUGUUUUGCCUCCAACGUGGCAGGAAAUGACAGCAUCUCAGUGAGUCUGUGGGUGCACAACUUGCCCUCUGUCUCAACCCGAAACCGAACGUCUCGUUUUUUAAUUAAGGCGUGGAGACUUGCAUCCACACAUCCACCAAUCAACGGCUCUGAAGAUUCUCAGCCGUUUGCAUUUGAUAUGAAAACACUGCUGGUCGCAGUAACCAUGGGCUUUUUGUCAUUCCUGAGUUCAGUAGCAGUUUGCUUCGUAUUCAUGCUCUUUUGGAGUCAAAGUAAAGGUCAAAUCAAACACACCGCCACUAUUGACUUUGUACCUCACAGUGCAGGAGAAGGAUCAGGUGGAGGAAGGACUAGAAUGGAGACUGGCAGGUUCACAAUGAAGCUUAUCUGA